AUGGGCUACUCCGCCGUGGCGGGCUCCUGCGAUUGGUCCAUUGUACUACCACUGUACGGCGCUGGAGUCGCGUGGACGUUGGUGUACGACACUAUCUACGCGCACCAGGACAGGCGCGAUGACGAGGCCGCGGGCGUCAAGUCGACGGCGCUGCUCUUUGGCAAGCACAGUAAGGCGUGGUUUUCGGGGUUUGGCGCCCUGACGGCGGGUUGCCUGGUGGCUGCCGGCGCCGCGGCGGGCUCGGGGAUGCCGUACUACGCUGGCGUCGGCGCCAUGUUGGCGCACCUGACCUGGCAGGUGUGGACCGUUGACCUGUCCAACGGACCUGACUGCAUGGCCAAGUUUGUGUCCAAUAAGUGGGCGGGAGGGCUCCUGCUGGCGGGCAUAAUAGCGGACCGGUUACUGGCUUGA